UAUGAACAAUGAAAGAGGGCAAAAAUACGUAAGUAUAUAUAAAUACCAUAACGAUAGUUUGAAAUUUCAAUUACUGGAGUAAGUUUGGACGACAACAAUGAAUAUUUACAAGAUUUUACAUAUUUUUGUGUUGUGCUGUGUUAUAAAUGAAGGUUUGGCAUGGUUUGGUAGGAGUGAUUCCAGUUCAUCAAAAAAGGAUACGUCAAAAAGUAGUUCCAAUGGCAGCAACAAAUCAAGUUCCAACAGACGUGGUUCAGGAUGGUGGGGAGGAAGCAGAAAUCGACCAUCUAAACCAUCUAACCCUUCUCCUAAACCCAAACCUAAGACUAAACCACCAGCACCAGCUCCUAAGCCUAAAGAUUCUGGAAAGAAAGGUUCCGGUUGGUGGUCGGGCACAAACAGAAAUGUUCCGAAGCCUAAACCCAAGCCAAAGCCCGAGCCUAAGAAACCAACAGAGACAAAACCAAAAGGCAAUUCUAACCCACCUCCGUCAAACAAACCAUCACCAUCAAAACCAAAAUCAAAAUCAACGGGAAGUGAAACUCAGUCAAGCACAGAUAUGAAGACAGUUAUAGAGAAUUAUGAAGGAGUUAGAUUAAAAGCAUAUGAUGCUCAGCCAAAUAAUAAAAAAGUUCAUGACACUACUAUAGGUAUAGGGUUUAAUUUGAACCGCCCAGAUGCAGAGAAAACGUUUAAUAAAGUUGUACCCGGUGUUGAUUUUAAAAAGGUAAAAUCUGGAGAACAAACAAUUACGAAGGAUCAAGCACGAGCUCUGUUUAACCACGACAUUGACAAUAUAUAUGAGCCAAGAGCUAAAGCAAAGAUUGGUAAAGAUGUAUACGACAAGUUACCAUCAAAUGUGAAGACGGCAGUGGUAAAUGCUGUAUAUAGAGGUGACCUAGGACCGAAAACAUCUCAACUUAUAAAGGAUGGAAAAUGGAAAGAAGUUGGAAAGGAAUACCUAGAUCAUAAGCAAUAUAAGAACGCGGAUAAGUUAGGUAUACCAGGUGUAAAGACGAGAAUGGACUGGAAUAAAGAACAAUUUGAUACCAUGAUACAACCAUAAAACUUUUAAUUUGUUAUUGAUACUGGCUAAUAACCUGAAAGCAAAGUUUUGAGCAUUAUUUUAGUUUGGUUUUGUCUUAUUAUUUCUCAAUAUUAUUAAUAUUAUGAUAUGAGUUUCAGUCUAAAAUAAAUGAACUCUAGGUUUAAGAAGAUGUUAUCUAUUAAAAUUAUUAUGUUUAAUAUUGCAUACCUAAUUUUUGCAAGAUUUGCCCGGGAAAAGAUAACGUCAAGUGAUUUAAAAACCUAUCGAACUUGAACAAUCAUGCCAUCGAGAAAUUAACAGCUGACUAUUACGGAUUUACAAUUGUAUGAAAAUUGGCUGAUUAGCUAAAUAAUUGUUACAAUGAGACAAUACAUAAUCAUGUACACAAAAUGUUUGUAAUAAACUCUUUUCUAAAUGUUUAAAACUCUUUUCAUUUUAAGUCAUUUUUCACAAUAAAAAUGAUUAAAUCAACAUUGAUGUGAUGAUUGAGGGAAUGUGCUUUUUUCCUUGCAUUUAUUGCUAGAACACGACCUACAUAAUAACAUAAUUACCUGCUUAAAAUGUCCAUUCCCCAUUGUUUACAUUUUGUUACGUUGAAAAAAUAACUGCAAUAUCAAAGUCCGUAUGUUUAAUCAAGAUUGUAAAGCUAUUCAUUUAUCCCUAUAUGUAUUUCGCUUUUGUGGAUAGACUUGGCAAAUAAUAUACAAAAAUUCAUAAAUUUUUAUGUGCAAUUUACAAAGUACAAGGAUGGCCUUGGACGCUGUAAUUGACAUCAGUUUAAAUAGUGAAAUAGAAAAUUUAUACAGUA